AUGAACUUGGGCCUUCGUAGGAAGUUUGAUUGGAAUUUUAUAAUCGCCAAUGUUUCAAAACCAAUUUUGGGUGCCGAUUUCUUGAAACAUUUCGGUCUUGUGGUAGAUGUAAAACGUAGUUGCCUGAGCGAUACGCAAACAAAGUUUAGUACCCAAUGUGCAUCGGAACACACUGGAUAUGAGCCAGUCUUUUCCAUUCAGAAUGACCACAAAUUCAAAGAGCUUCUAAACUCAUUCAAGGAGGUGACAAUGCCUGUUUCAUACAAUUACAAUAACGAGCCUAAGACUACGGUUCGCCACCAGAUUAUCACCAUUGGUCAGCCUGUUUUUUCGCGUGCACGGUGGCUAAAUCCGCAAAAACUGCAAGCAGCCAAGCAGGAGUUUGAGUAUAUGUUGAAGCAAGGAAUUUGUAGACCAUCCAAGAGUGAAUGGGCGAGUCCACUAAAUAUGGUGCAAAAAGGAAAUGGCUUGUGGCGACCUUGUGGCGAUUACCGUCGACUUAAUGCCCAAACAGUUCCUGACCGCUAUCCUAUUCCACACAUGCAAGAUUUCACGCAUUCGCUAAAUGGAAAACGCAUUUUUACAACAUUGGAUUUAGAAAAGGCGUACUUUAAUAUACCGGUUGCUGAAGAGGAUAGAGAAAAAACAGCAAUAAUUACACCUUUCGGCCUGUAUGUGAUGACUUUUGGAGUUUGUAAUGCAGCACAAUCAUUUCAAAGGUUCAUGGACCAAGUUCUUUUCGGAUUCAAGUUUGCCAUAUGUUAUAUUGAUGAUAUUUGCAUCGCAUCCGAUAACAUAGACGAGCACAUACAACAUGUGCGUAGCGUGCUACAACGUCUCCAGGAACAUGGUUUGAAAAUAAACAUAGCAAAAUGUGUGUUCGCAGAGGAAGAAGUAACAUUCCUUGGUCAUCUCAUUAAUCAUAAAGGAAUUCGUCCCCAAGGCAAGAAAAUGGAGACUGAAGGUAGACAUUGCACUAUUUUCACUGAUCAUAAGCCGAUAACGUAUGCAUUUCGACAGAAACCGGAAAAGGCAUCGCCACGCCAUCUAAGACAUUUAGAUUACAUCGGUCAAUUCACAACUGACAUCAUGCAUAUAGCUGGUAAGAAUAAUCCGGUAGCUGAUUUUCUGUCACGUAUCUGUCACGUCAGCAAUGAAGAUUUAGUUGACUUUGAUCAAUUAGCAGAAAGCCAGAAAACCGACAUUGAAACAAAUGGUUUUCUAUCUAAAAUGAAUAAAUCUGCACUUCAACUGAAAUGGAUACUCAUUUCAAAUUCAUCUAAGGAAAUUGCAUGUGAUGUAUCAUCAAAUCGUGUGCGUCCUUUUGUAACUGAACAGUUUAGACAACGCGUCUUUAAUUCAAUACUUAAUUUCGCACAUGCUGUUCGGCGAGCCACUAUUAAGCAAAUACCAGAACGUUUCGUAUGGCCGGGCAUGGCAAAAGACAUUGCGGAGCGAGUUAAAUUAUGUCUUCCGUGCCAACGAGCAAAAGUCACGCAACACAAUCGAUCAGCAAUUUUGAAUUUUGAUGUACCAAAUGAGCGGUUCGCUGUAAUUCACAUUGUCCUCAUUGGGCCUCUACCAUCGUCAAACGGUUACCGAUAUUGCCUUACAUGUAUCGAUCGGUUUACCAGAUGGCCAGCGGUAGUCCCUAUCGAGGAUAUACAUGCCAGCACGGUAGUCACAGCGCUCAUCAAUGGUUGGAUCAUGCACUUUGGCGUUCCGAAGCAGAUCAUAACAGAUCAAGGAAGACAGUUCGAGUCAGCACUGUUUAAUGAAUUAGCGAAACUCAUUGGUGCCAAACAUAUCCGAACUAGUCCACGUCAUCCUCAAGCGAAUGGUUUGAUUGAACGUUUUCAUCGGACUUUGAAAACUGCAAUGAAAUGUAAGCAUGAACAUCAAUGGUCUGAUGCAAUACCUUUGAUUGUAUUAGCGCUUCGAAAUAUCUUUAAAGAAGACCUGAAAGCAACUCCAGCAAAAAUGGUUUAUGGGAUAACUUUGCGGUUGCCGAGCGAUUUCCUGGAACAUGGUAAUAAUGAUACAAUCCCAGAACAUGAAUUCGUGGAAAACAUGAGACAGAUGAUCUCAUGGUCAACUGAUCAAAUAUGA